UAUAUAUACCCUGUAGAACCGAAUUUGUGUGGUAUUCACAUAGUCACAGAUUCGAUUCUAGGGGAAUAUAUGGUCGAUGCAAAAACUUCACCUUUCUGCAAAUGGUUAGAAGUUUAAAUAUUGAAGGUAUCAAAAGACAUGUGCAUGCUGAAUACUGGGGAAUUCUAAAAGUUUUGCUGCCUCUAUCAUAUUUACUACUCACUUGAACAAUGCUUAAUAUCUAUUUGUGUUGUUCAUAGUAACUAUUACUAAUAGUCUGUUAAUUUAAAACGUUCAACACAAAUUUUCUGAAAACUACCAAUUAAGUAAUGAAUCUUUUAAAAGACACUUAAAAAGUUAGUUUGAUAUGCCAGAUGUUAGCAAAAUUUUCAUAUCAAGUAUACAAAUUUCUUCCAAAUAUUUAUGACGAUAACACCAGCAGGAUUCGAAACACUGAAAGGUAUUUACUUGUAUCCCAAGAACGCUAUUGAUGAAUGAAGACUGCAUUUAUCUAAUUACAUCUGUGAAUUUUGUACAUAAAGUUAAAUGCCAUCUCCAGUUCAAUUCAGUGGAUUUUAGUGAUUAAAAAUGAAUGUUUCCUUGUUAUCUGCGUGAUUUUUUUAAUAUUGAGACUUGCAAAGUGAAGUAGAAGUUACUGAUUGCCUAAUUUUAUUCAACUGAACUAGAUUCUGGUAACUUUUGGAUGACCUCUGCAAGACAAAGACAGGACAGAUCUAUUGUACAUCAUAUUACCCUCUUCUUUGAUGUCUUUUCUUUUUCUUGUUUCCUUAUCAAUUUUCCUUCCUCUUAAUGCUAUUUUAGCUUCUCGGUCUUUAUUUCUUUCGAUAUUUUGUCUGACAAAUGUAACAAACCAUGUUUGAAAUUAUUGCUGGUGAAUUAGACUAAAGGGCAUCAAAGGUUAGAAAAGUCAAUUCAGACAAAAAGCUUGAUUUACCUGAGGGUCAAUGAAGCGGUCAUCGCUUGAUGAAUAUUCUUAACAUAUUAAUAUCUGCUUUUGAAAAUAAACUAUAUUGAAUUUUGGUCACUUGAUUACACGUAUAUUAUUUAGUUAAAUUGGUGGAAAUUAUGAGAUGCACACAAAUCCGGUGAUAAACUCCCUGCCUCCCCAUUGGCUGAGCCAGUCACAUGGAUGCCUAACUUUAUUCAGUUGACAGCAAGUAGGAGGGCUCUAUGGAAGGAGAAAAAAAGACAACACGAGAAAAAUUAGUAUUUUCUACCUUCAGAAAUUAAUGGCCAUGAGUUCGUAUAUGGUGAACUCUAAGUAUGUGGAUCCUAAAUUUCCUCCUUGCGAGGAAUAUUUACAGAAUAACUACUUAGCUGAGCAGGGCUCCGACUAUUACAGUGCAUCGCAAGGCUCUGAUUUUCAGCAUCAGGGAAUCUAUCCACGGUCAAACUACAGCGAGCAGCCCUUUAGCUGUACCAAUGUCCAAGACUCUGCAGUGCAGCCGCGGGGUCAUGGACAGGAGCAAUCCGGCCCACCGAGCCACUUCCCCGGUCAAGCAGAGCAUUGUCUGCCGCCUCCAAUAUCCAACUCACGAGCCUGCAGCCAGCAGCAAAACCUCAAAACCCCAAACGGGUCAGCAAUUAAACAGCCAGCAGUAGUUUAUCCCUGGAUGAAGAAAGUCCAUGUUAACUCGGUGAAUCCCAAUUACACCGGAGGGGAACCUAAACGCUCCAGAACAGCCUACACAAGGCAGCAAGUCCUAGAACUGGAAAAAGAAUUUCAUUUUAACAGGUAUCUGACUAGGCGUCGUCGUAUUGAAAUAGCCCACACUUUGUGUCUCUCUGAACGCCAGAUCAAGAUCUGGUUUCAGAACAGAAGAAUGAAGUGGAAAAAAGAUCACAAACUGCCCAACACUAAGGGUAGGUCUUCUUCAUCUGGUUCAAACCAACAUUUACAGACUGUUUCCAAGGACCAUCAGACUGAAUUGACAACUUUAUAGAAGAGGUGAAAUUUUCCAUUUCAUCCUUUGAUUCGGAACAGUACUGUACAUAACUGACAUUAUCCAAGCAGAGCCUGCAUGUAGCAGCUAAAGACUCAAGAGGGUCAUCUUGCUUUAAGGUGCUGUUGUACAAAGGAGACAAAAUGACAAUACUUUGGACUUUAUUUGAAUUACCUACAUUAGCACAACCUAAAAACUCUUCUUACAGGUAGUGGGAAGUGGGAAAAUAUUACGUGAGAUCUUCGGUCCAUAAAAAAAUAAUAAAUCAUUGAAAAUGAAACUAUGUUCAGUUUUGAAUUUUAAAGUUGAGAUUUGAUGCUUUAUUCCGGUAUUUUGUUUUUGUUGCCUUUUCUGCCCCCAUACAAUUUCGGGAUUAUGCAUUUGGGCAAAUUCAGGACAGAAAUCUAUGUCUUAGUCUUUUAUUUAAACUAGGGAAACUAGUAUUUGUGAACUUUUUGUGCUGCUUUACAUUUCAUGGUGUGAUGAAAACACUUGCUCAUUACCAUAACACCUCAGAACAAAUGCGUAGAAGUGAAGUGAAAACGGGUUAUUUUUUUCUGCUUAUGCUAGCGUAUUUAUUUAUUGUUAAUUAGAAAGAGUAAAAAGAAAAAGAAAGAAAGAAAAGAAAAAUAGUCAAACCAAAAAUACUAAAGAGGAGAGGUGAAAUCCAGUAUUCCUUCUUUUCUGUAUCCAUAUGCAUAAUGAUCAGUUAACCUGAACAUGCAGAACUUUUCUGUCUCUUUUUUCUGAUUUCCUUUUGUGUAUAUAUGAAAGCGUUCCUAAAUCUUAAAAAUGUAUCAUCAAGAAGUUACAUUCUUUAUAUUGUAUUUUAAAUGUCUGCUUUAUUCGGCGCUAUACUUUAAAGCAGAGUUUCCUAAUUUAAGAAAAACAAACAAACAAACAAACAGAAAGCUGUAAAAAAAAUAAAUAAACAUCCAGAGUGAAAAUCAAAGCGAUUUGUGGCAUUAUUUAAGCCAUUCUGUCUUCAUAAUAGAUGACAUACUCUUUGUUUCAUGUCCUAUUUUUAAUUAAAGUAUUGUUUUUAAGAGGGAUGGGAAAUAUGAUUUGGGGAGGGCUGUUCGUUUUUAAGAAGAAAAAUGAGCUUGGAUUGAACGCUUAGAAAUGAAAGAAAGUUAAUUUUAGAGGGAAAUGUAAUGUUUUUAUAAUAGCUGAACAAGUCUAAUGUACUUUGAUUUGUUCGGGGAUGUCUUUUGCAUCAUUGAAAAGUUUUUUGGCAACGAGCCUUUCUUAUUUCUUCGCUAAAAUGCUAAUAAACUGAGCAAAAUCAACUUGCCCUCUUAACUUACACCUUAAUGUAGACGGAUUUAAAGAUCAGUCCUUUAUUUGCACACUGAAAACAGUCACGAGGAUAUACCAGUGCACCAGCUAUUUUAACUAGACAUUGCUUCUAUUUUUAACCUAAAUUCUUACUUCUAUACAAAGAAAUACAAGAUAACAAUAUCUGAGUUAUUUGGAAAGUUCAAAAGCGUAUACUAGUUGGACUAGGUUGACAAUAAACUAGUAUCUGGACAUUUUACUUGAGAAAACACUAGGAAAAAUGAUUUAAUAUAGGUUAGAAAUAAAAAGGCAAGAGCUUCAAAAAUAAUUUAAUUGGCAAAAUUAACUGUGAUCAGGGAUUAAUUUCUGCCCUUUACUCAUCCUUAGAAUUCAGUAAAGUGUCUUAUAAGCCUUGGUCUUUUGUAUUAGAGCCUGAAGACAAUUCUUUGUUCUUCCUUAGGGUUAGCCUAGUUCUCAGACUUGCACAUGGCCAUACUUGAAUCUCCACGUCGUGAUAUUAAAGAUGGAUAUUCCUGCAUUAUUCUCAUCAUUGUUUCUAAUACAAAAAGCACAGAGUUCAUACAUAGUAAAGACGUCUUUUUUCUGAAGCUUUCACGUUGAGAAGCUGAAAAGGUAUUUUACUGAAGUUCGGCUAAAUUGCAGAAACAGGUUCAUCCAGAGGACAAAUUUUCUAUCCGAUUAGCUGUAUUUCAGCCGGGAAGAGUGACCUCUAAACCCUUAACCUUUUGGACCCUAACUACUCUUCCUUUUUUCUAACAUGGAGAGCAGUUAGAUGCAGCAUUUGGGAAGGGCUUUCCUCAGACAACUUUCGAAGUUGUUGAAAGCAAUUCUUUUUAAAAUCAACGUUAACUCUACACAGUUGUCACAAAUCAUGUAUUUUCUGUCAAAAUUAAUCUGAAAAAGAAGCUCUGGUUAGUCUGAUUUAAGAUAAAUCCCGCUAUUGUUUACCUAGUGUCUGUGCUGAGCAAACUGUGAACCAUGCAGACAUGUUAUUUUGGGGAGGAAGCCCACAGCUUUGGCUUCCUUUGUGUAAUAGUCUUUAAAGUAACUUGCUCAGAGAAACAAAUCCUUGAUUUGUAUGUGUUAGGUUGAGAUGGAUACCUAAAAUGAAAGGGCUAAAUUCUGCUCUCAGGUGCAACCUCUCUCUGCUCCCCCGUUGAAAUCUACUGAAGUAACUGAAAAGUAAAACAAGGAUAUAUCUGAGAGUAGAAGUUGGCCCAUUGUCUUUUGAAAUGUUAAUAUCUUCUGGACGAAUGUUUGGUUCAGACACAGCUCUUAAAAUCCUAUUUGCCAGUCCAGUUUGAGCAGGAGUUUAAGUUUACUUGGUUACAAUCACAUUAAUAAACUCUGAAAAUACUUGAAUUGAGGCACCAGAGUACCAAAAUAUAUUAUUUAUAUUUCUGCCAGUGCUCAGAAGGUUCAGGGAUGUACAUUUCUGUGUAAGGAUGACUACAAACACUGAUUUGCUGUUAUCCCCCAUUUUACUCAACAGAAAAGGCAGAAGUGUUUUUAACUCUCCUGAGAGGUUACGUUAUAUAGCUUAAGAAGUAAAGAUGUUUCUUUUUGCUUAUCACGGAUACAAUGUUGUGUAGUCUUUUGUUAUAAGAUUGCAAUGUCCAAAAAUACUAUGAUAUCUGUCAGCGUGUGAUGCUUUUUAUAGGCUUUAUCAAUGUUUUGCUGCCAUUCAUUAAAGUAUUAUUUAUA